AUGAGAUGUGUCAACCUUAAAAUAUGCCUUCUCAACUUGCUCACCUUGUUCAGUGUUCUUUCCUUGUCCCAUGGAAGACCAAAUCCGGAGUUUCGAGCGAAAGCAGUUAAUCUAGGUGGUUGGUUGGUGACUGAAGGUUGGAUCAAACCUUCUCUCUUUGAUGGCAUUCCAAAUAAGGACUUCUUGGAUGGAAUUGGUCUUCAGUUCAAGUCCGUGACGACGCGAAAAUAUCUUUGCGCUGAGUCCGGAGGAGGAACCGUCAUAGUUGCAAAUCGCACAGCCGCUUCCGGUUGGGAAACAUUUUCAUUGUGGAGGUUAGACGAGAACACUUUCAGAUUCAGGGUGUUCAACAAACAGUUUGUGGGUUUAGAUGGGGUUAAAGUCGUUGCUGUUUCCAAUAUUUCCACUAAUUCUAAGACAUUUCAUGUUGAAAAGGAAAGUGGUAACUCGAACCGUGCAAAGACAGACGAUGUGGUGACUGCUGAUGCAUUAGAGGUCAACGGUUGGGGAGAUGAUGAUCCAUCUGUUCUUCAAGAGAUGGUAUAUAAUCGGAUCCAUAUUGGAUGCAUUGCAGGACCUGCAGAUCCCAGGGAACUCUUCCCUCUCACAAAUGGUUUUAUGCGACCUGUGAUUGAUGUUCACUACUACAACCUCUUCCAAUAUCUAUUCAGUGGCAUGACUGUCCAACAGAACAUUGAUUUCGUCUACAACAAUCGCUCAUCACAGCUCACUCAUGUUACAACUUCAAAUGGCCCUCUUACUUUUGUAGGUGAAUGGGUUGCUGAAUGGCAAGUCAACGGAGCUGCAAAAGAUGAUUAUGAAAGAUUCGGCAGGGCUCAGUUAGACGUUUAUGGGCGAGCAACAUUUGGGUGGGCUUAUUGGGCUUUCGAAAACGUCAACAACCACUGGAGUUUGGAGUGGAUGAUCAACAAUGGUUACAUCAAGUUGUAG